GCCAACGACGACGGACGACGGACUAUUGAACGCACGACCAUUGGUUGUUUCCGGUAUCGCUGAAUGCCUAGAAAUGUCAGACGACGUGGCCGAUGGGGAUGUAAUGGCCUGUGUAAUUAACGUGGCCACUAUCAUUUGGAGCCUUCGCGAUAUGUUAUUACACUACAGUAAAAUUCGAUAGAGUGAUCUUGGCAACGGCGAGUCAGAUUCAUCGGUUGCAUUUUGUUUAACACGUCGUCACUCUCCAUUGUCUCGCUCGUUCUCGCACAAAGUUACAACAUGGGUCUCUGCAAGUGUCCGAAGAGAAGAGUAACAAAUCAAUUUUGUUUCGAACAUCGUGUCAAUGUGUGCGAGCAUUGUAUGGUUACGAGUCACCCGAAGUGUAUAGUUCAGUCAUACUUGUUGUGGCUCCAUGAUAAUGACUACAAUCCAAUCUGUACACUAUGCUCCGCUCAAUUGAGCGAUGGAGAUUGUGUAAGACUGACGUGCUAUCACAUGUAUCACUGGGCAUGUUUGGAUCAAUAUGCUAGAAGUUUGCCAGCAACAACGGCACCAGCAGGAUAUACUUGUCCUGUGUGUAGAGUGUGUAUCUUCCCACAAGCCAAACUGGUAUCACCAGUUGCUGAUGUGUUGAGAGAAAAAUUGGCAGCAGUUAAUUGGGCCCGUGCUGGUCUUGGUUUGCCAUUGCUAAGUGAUGACAGGGAACAAAAACCAGAGAAAGAACGUUCCUCGAUCGUGGUCGAGAACUUGUAUCAAAAUCACACAGCGACCACUUCGUCGUCGUCGUCGUCGUCUAUGGUGGCUAUGUCUCGCACAAGCAGCACUAUUAAUUCAAACUCCAGUAGCAACGUGCAUGCAGCAAAUAAUCAGAAACUUGGACCACCUUACUCCAUCGUAAACAUAGACUCGUCCCUAGGUUUAUCCACUCAGACGUCGAGGAGAGUUUGCGAGGCCUACGACGAUCCGAAGGACAUGUCCUUUGACCAUGAUGAGAACAAGUACCAGCGGAAAUCUGCGAUAGAGUGGAUUCUUAGAUGGUGGAAGUUGAUACUAACUAAAGCGCCAGUACGACGGUGGAUCGCGAGUUUCUUGUACAAAAGAUAUACCGUGAUGACGAUUGUCAUUGUAUUAUUUUUGAUCGGACUCAUCCUGCUCUGCUCAUGGUUAGGCAGAAUGGCGACGGACGGUGAUCCGAGCUUUGACGUAAUGGCAAAUCCUAAUUUGAAGUUUGGCGAGAAGCCUGUGAUUUAAUAUAUCAUGUAUCAUUAGCUAUGAUGAUGAUGAUGAUAAUUUUGCACGAUUAUUGGCACGAAUCGUAAUCGAGCGAACAGAACGUUCUAGGUGGAAGUUCAAGGUGUGGGAAAUUUUUGCGUAAACAAGACGCAAAUGCAUAUGUCGGCAACAUUGUCAAAGAACGAAAACGCGACUCCUCGCCGAAGGAGGCGAACAUAUCUAGUGUAAAGUGCAGUGACAUUUGUUAAUUUUUAUGUAAAGUAAAAAAAAUAUAUAUAUACAGAGUAUCUCAGACCUCCAUGAUGACCCUUCGUGAAAACGUAGAGCGGAUUAAGGUGAGCAAGAAAGUCCUAUGCCGUUUUGCGAUAUUCGC